AUGUUCGGGCAGCAAUUGUUCCUGGCAACUUACGAGUUGGUUGCGUCGUGUCCCGUAGAGUGGUUUGAGUUCAUGUCUGCAGAGGACUUGUCUAUCACCGUUCCACUCUCCGCACUGCCGCAGCAGCCGGCGUCUCCUGCCUGGGCUCACGCCCGAUUGCGGAACUGGACCAGACUGGAGCUCAUCGCCGAUCGAUCGCCGCCCACAUUUUCUCUACACAGUCGCCGUGAUGUUGGCCGUGAGGUGGGUCGUGAGGCGAGGGGGAGUGUGCCGUCGUCGACUCCGCACGCCCUACGACAUAUGAACGCGGGUUCCAACAACAAACAAGCACUCUGGAGAUACCUCCUCACCAGGAUUAGCAUAGAGAUCCUAACGUCGGCUUUCCCCGACCUGGCCACGGCCGUGGCACGGAGCGUCUUUCCUGGCUCCUGCGAGCAAGCCUGGUUCCCCACAAGAUACAACCUGCCGUCGGACUUCGUUAGGUCCCUGGACCCGGUCCAGGAUGACCUGGUCCAAGACGACCUGGUCCAGGAUAACCUGAUGGUUUACAUUCCACUACCGCCGUGGCUGUGCGGAACUCAGAGCGCGGAGCCGGCAGGCUACUUCAUUUUCAAUUUGGAGUUCCUUUACGACUAUCUCAACAGGCUGGAUACUCAUUUCGUGGAUGCCAGGGACAUCCUGCUCCCCUCGGUUCCAGUCCGCGCGGAUCCGGACGGUCGUAAGGGCCGUGGUCGUAAGGGCCGUGGUCGUGGGCCGGUCGGACUGGAAAAGCUAACUCGCGUCCUGAACGCCCGAGGUGCUGACUCCGCUCGGGAUGCUGGCCCCGCUCGUUUGUCCGACGACCGGACUGAUCGACUUCUUUGUAUCUGUAUGUCAUUUCACAACGCCCAAAAACGCGUUCUUGACAGGACCCGCACGUUCUCCCUCGACGCCGCGAAGAUCAUUUCCCGUCAGGCAGCCAACAACUCGCCCUUUACCGUACGCUCUCUAUCAACCAAACUGAGGAUCAGUCACCCGACAGAGGACCAGGCUGAGGAGCAAGACAAGGCUGAUGACCAGGAUACAGACGAGGAUGAUCAAAUGCGGUCCAUGCUGCAUACACCGAACAGUCCGGGGCAAUCGUCUGAAUCCUUUUGCACGGAUUCUUCC